GAGAACAGUUAUAAACUAUGAAAGGAAAAGUGGCUGUUUUAAGUGAUUUAGUUGGAGAAAGAAUAAAAAAAUUCAAAAAAAGAGAUGUUUUUGCAUUUUUUAAUAUAGAAGGAAAUAAGGACCCUUUUAUAGAUUUUGAUUAGUUUUGGUAAAAAAUUAGUGUUAUAGCGAAAAUCAAAGAAGAAGAUGCACAUUUGCUUUUUAAAUAGAUUGAUAGGUUAAAUUAAAAUAGAAUUUCUACUUUAAAUUUCCUUACUUUUAUUAAUUAUGAAAUAGAUGUUAUUUAAGAUUAUAAAGUUAAACAUAUUUAGGGAAUCGAUUGUAGAAAAUUUAAUAAAGUAAUACCUUUUAUUAAUGAUUUAGUGGAUUUUAUUAAGGAAGAAAAUUCUGAUUUAAAAGCUGAGAGUUUCUUUUAUUAGGAAAGUGGAUAAAUGCAUAUUAUUGAUUUCUAAUAUAAAUUAUAAGACCUCAAAAUAAAUUUGAAUUUCUAUAAACAAUAAAUAGAUGAACUUUUAAAAACUAUAAGCUUCCAU